AUGUCAUCUUCACAUCCACCACCCGAUUGUGCAUUGCAGUUACCUUCAUGGGAUGAAUUCGAUCCAACCGAAGAACUGGAUUAUAACGAAUCUGAUUUGGAGAAUGAUGAACAUAGCAGCAGUAGCCCGAAGGAUCAACAGCCAGUCACUAUUGGUCCUACGCUUCCACGUGGAUUCGAUAUGGGCGCGUCAACGUCACCAUCACCGUCCUCAUCGCGAAUUCGUAGUGCGGAUGAACGCGAGCAGAGAUCAUCUGUACCGCCAGAUGUGAAGCAUUCGAUAAAAGCGGUGAACAGUAGUGGAGAUGAAAACAAUACUAACGAUAGUGGUGGUGAUAACAGGAUUAAUAAUAACAAUGGGAAACAAGUAUCAUCAACAUCCUUCUUUGAUCAGCUACCAAGCAGUCUUCCGCAACAUUUUGAUGAGCAUGAUCAACCAUGCUCGUCGAAUGCAUCUUCUUCUCGACCACUCGGACCGGCUUUGCCGCCCGGUUUCAUGCUGAAUGAUGGCCACAAUGAAGAGGAUGAUCCUGAAGAUCCGGGUGAUCCAGAAGAUCCAGACGAAAAUGAUUCUCGAUCGAAGGUACCAAAUUUAUGCUCUUCAGAAGGGCGAAUGAGUGAGUCAGUGAAUCGUCCGUCCGCAUCUGCUCUAUCAUCAUCAUCCGCUCGAAUCGGCCCGAUAGGACCGGCUGUUCCACCGGGAUUUGGCGAUUGUUCGCCAUCGCUUCCUGACGACGAGAUUCGACCACGUCUUCAAGGUCACUUCACCUCUUCAACGAUGCCUCCACCAGAACCCGAGGAAACGAGAGGUGUACCGAGUUGGUCGUCGUCAUCGAGAUUGAGCAACGCUCGAUCUGAUUCAAGAACCAUUAUUGGACCUGUCGUGCCUGACCUCCUACCGACUGUUUCACAUCAUCAGCAAAGAGGGGCAGAUGAAGAAGAGGGUGAAGGAGACGAAGAAGAGGAAGGAACAUAUGGGCCAACAGUUCCACCGGAUCUGAAUCCGUCAACGUCGCAUCAGAAGACAUUAACAUCGAACAAUCAUCACAGCACGGACAACCUCGAAAUGCCGACCGAAGACGACGAGCACUGUGGGGUUGUACAUGUGAGUGAAGUGGAUGAUGAUGAUGAUAACGAUAUUGUUGGUGAGUUGUUGUAUUCCGAUUCUCUUGUUGAAGCGUAUUUUAAUCUAGUGUUUCCGAUUUAUUGGCCAAUGCCGCCGUGUGAAAGCGUUGAGGUGGUGCAGAAAGAAUACAAACAUCGUUUAAGCGCAUUUGAAGCUGAGCAACUCAACAAGGGUUCAACAAGCAAAAGAGAAGAGUGGAUGGUUAAGUUACCCAAAAAACUGAAUAGUUUCGGACUGGGUGCAAGAACAUUUUCGAAAUCAAGUGCUGGUGGCUCUUUAACAGAUCAAGAUGGUGUGCGUGAAUGGACCGAAACCCCACAGCAGAAGGCUGCUAGAUUAUCAUCGGUUUGUUUUCCUUGUAGCGAUAAUGAACCAACAUCUUCAUCAACAGACACGAGCAAUCGUUUGCGUAGUGCAAGUCUGGCUGAAAGAGAUCUCUUGCAGCAACAGCGCGCCUCGAAUCUCAAUAAGGAUCGAAAUGCUUCAUUGCUGGAAAUACAUCGAAGAAAGCGGAAAGCAGAUGAUGGCUGUGGUGAUUCGCUAUCUGUCUGUUCACGUUUUCUUUCCUCUCUCAUUCGUAUGAUACUUUUCCAGAAUGAACAGUCCACCAGUCGGCAUGCAUUCGAUCGAGAACGAGAUAUGCAGAUCGCAAAUAAUCGAGGACUGUUCCAAAUAAUUUGUGCUUCACAGAGAACACUAGAACAUCAGGUAUAUUUUAAGGUGAAAGGUUUACGUGGUGAUGCAAGUGUCGAUGAAAUCAAAGAACGUUGCGGAAAGUUGGCUUCUCGAUUCGGUCAUUCAUCCACUCAAAAGUUUUUGUAA